CGCGGACCACACAGCGGCGCUGCCGUCUUCGCGCCGCCCUUUGUGCUCGGGUGUACUCGUGACGGACGGAUGUGACGACUGACUGCUUCCUCUUCACUGCCUUUGGUGACGUUGGACAACAAAGAUGGCGGGAGGAAACAGCAAUUACUGGGAAGACCUACGCAAGCAGGCGAGACAACUGGAAAACGAGCUCGACCUGAAGUUGAUCUCAUUCAGCAAGCUCUGCACCAGUUACAGCAGCUCACGGGAUGCUCGCCGCGGAGACAGUUCAGACACCACACCCCUCCUCAAUAACUCCACCCAGGACAGGAUGUUUGAGACCAUGGCUGUAGAGAUCGAGCAGCUCCUCGCCAAGCUCACUGGGGUGAAUGACAAGAUGGCGGAAUACGCCAGCACGUCUGGGGUGACAUCACAGAAUGCAGCCCUCAUGCACACCCUGCAGAGACACAGAGAUAUUCUGCAGGAUUACACACACGAGUUCCACAAAACCAAAGCCAACUUUCUGACCAUCAGAGAAAGGGAGGACCUACUCGGAUCUGUCAGAAAGGAUAUCGAGACCUUCAAAAGCGGCACUGGGGUGAACAACCGGCGAACGGAGCUGUUCCUGAAGGAGCACGAGCACCUGAGGAGUUCAGAUCGACUGAUUGAAGACACAAUAAGCAUCGCCAUGGCGACCAAGGAGAACAUGACGUCCCAGAGGAGCAUGCUGAAGUCUAUCCAGGGGCGUGUCAACACGCUAGCCAAUCGUUUCCCAACAAUCAACAACCUCAUCCAGCGGAUUAACCUGAGGAAGAGGCGGGACUCGCUAAUCUUGGGCGGGGUCAUCGGCGUCUGCACCAUACUGUUGCUGCUCUAUGCAUUUCAUUGACGGACAGAAGAAACGACCAAUCCCUUUGGGGGUGUCCUGCGAGUCGUGUGUGAGCCGUUGAGGUGGACCCAGCAGAAGGCGGCCCGGCACGCAAGACCGAAGCCUAGCUGAUUCCCUGUAGUCAGCUCGGACUUGGCGGGGCUUGUGGGGGGGUGGGUUAAAGGGUGACUUGGAUGUGUUUUUUGGUUUUCUAUGCACAUACAAAUGCUCUCGUGAGCCGACUGAGGAUCCAGGACUCAUGCCACCUUGAUUUUGACUUUUAAACAUAGGAAUGUAGAAUCGUACCCUCCGCUUACCGUUGAUUUGAUGCCCCUCAGCAGCUGUUCAUCAUGAGUACAUAAUUUAUUUGUGUAAGUGAGACCCAUGUGGACGUAUCUAGCCUUGGCGCUGAAUUUGACGUCCGCUGGCUGUUUUCUGACAUGGAGCACUGGUGUUUUCUGUAAAUACAGCUUAACUGUGACACUUCCUCUGCUCAUGUGCUGCUCGUGUUCUUUCGGUUUUUCAGUAAGAGCCUCCUCCUACUUCAAAUGGCUGCCUGAGCUUCCAUUAGUGUAAUUAAACGAGUGCUUGCAUCAGAUCAGAUUUUCCAGCGCCUGUGAAGUGGGAGAUGUCCUCCACACUGAGCUGUGUUCCAGCUCACCCACCGCCCAGCCCGUUAUGAAGCUAAACCUUCACUUCGCUGUUAAUAUUGAAGCUCAAGGUAAUGCUGCAUGGAAAUGCCAUUCUGCUGCAGCGCCAGUGGUGCCCGUCAGGCUGGGAUGGCGUCGCUCCCUCCAGAUUUCCGGGAAAUGCCUGACUGGCCUUUACAUCCCAAGCCGGUUCACGGUCGUGUGUCUUGACCGAAAUUGGCAUUACCUACACAAUUCAACAGUAUUUAAAAAAAAAAAAAAAAGUAAUCGUUCUUUGUAACAUUUAAAUAUUUGCGUAUAAAAUGAGGGGUUUCACCAGCACUGAUGCAGGAAAGCAAACCCUAAGCCCAAGCCUUGGUAUGCUUGGCUGAGCCUGUGUACUAAAGACUAAUUGUAAAGCGGGGCCCAGCUGCCUGAUGGAGCAGCCAACAAGCUGCUCGCUCUUACUGGCACUGUUAAACAAAAGACAUCGCUUCAAGACUUUUUUUGGAAAAUAAUCUCUCAUUAAACUGCAAAAGUCUUUAUAAAUUU